CCCAACUUUGAACCAGGAAGGUUGGAUCAUAAGUAACAAGCAACGGUGAAAUUACUUUACAAGCAUAUUAUCAGGUCAAUAUUAAAAGCGGUUAAUUUGUCACGGUGCUCUAUUUGCAAAGGCUUUGCAAAGAUCUCUCUUUUAAGAGUGCCCGCAAAAACAUACAGAAGGGUUAAUAUUAAAAGCGGUUAAUUUAUCACGGUGCUCUAUUUGCAAAAGCUAUGCAAAGAUCUCUCUUUAAGAGUGCCCGCAAAUACAUACAGAAACAAAAACAUCCCCAUUUGUUUUGUGGAAAAUACAUUAGCUCAAAUAUUCACCUUCAUAACCAUUUUGCCGACUAUGGUGAAGCUCCCCAAAGUGAAUCCUAUGACUCAUGGACCAAUCUCAUUUUCGCUCUUGCCAAAAAUUACUCCAAAACUGCGCAGACUUUGUUUGAGGCCUCCGAGAUGCUCGGUUCUGGUAUUAGACCAAAUGAGUACGCUCUGGUCCACCUGGUCCAAGCUUCGAUGAAGCUGGGCUGGAAUUUUUAUGGUCAGCAGCUUCAUAGCUACAUUCUUCGAUCUGGGUUUAGCUCCAAUGUCUUUGUUUCCACUGCCCUUAUUGGCUUUUACAUAAGAAUUGACUUACUGACUGAUGCCCAGAAAGUAUUUGUUGAUAUUCCUCACCCAAGUGUUGUCUCUUGGAAUUCUUUGAUUUCUGGCUGCGUGCAUUGUGGGAAGUUUCGUAAAGCAUUGAGCUUCUUUUAUGAGCUUGACAGGUCUAACAUUUCUGCAGAUUCAUAUUCAUUGACAGCCGCUUUAACUGCCUGUGGCCAUUUAAGUUUUUUGCAGUUGGGCAAAUCAAUUCACUCCAAGGUUGUAAAAUUAGGUGUAGAAAGUACCAUUGUUCCUUCUAAUUGCUUGAUUGGUAUGUAUGGUAAAUGUGGGUCUGUUGAGGAGGCAGUCCUUGUGUUUAAUAAGAUGGUUCAUAAGGACACUAUUUCUUGGAAUUCAGUAAUAGCGGCAAAUACUAGAAAUGGAAGCUUAAUACAAGCAGUCGGCUUUUUGCAACAAAUGCCUAGUCCUAAUACGCUUUCGUAUAAUGAAUUGAUAUUUGGCUUCGCUCAGUUUGGAGACAUAGAAGAUGCUAUCAAGAUGUUAUCAACAAUGCCAAACCCAAAUUCAUCUUCAUGGAACUCAAUCAUAACAGGAUAUGUAAACAGGAAUCGAGCACAAGAAGCUCUGGAUCUCUUCUACAAAAUGCAUUCAAAGAAUAUAGAAAUGGACCAGUUCACAUUUUCAAGCAUUUUAAGUGGAGUCGCAGGCCUUUCGGCUCUAACAUGGGGAAUGUUGAUCCACUGCUGUACUAUAAAAUGCGGUUUGGAAACAUCCGCUGUUGUGGGGAGUGCUCUGAUUGAUAUGUACUCCAAAUGUGGGCAGGUAAAGAAUUCUGAAUCAAUAUUUAAAUCACUUCCUGAAAAGAAUUUGGUGACUUGGAAUGCCAUGAUCACUGGCUAUGCUCACAAUGGCAAUUCUUCAAACGUGAUCUGCUUGUUUGAGCAGCUAAAAAUGGAAAGAAACAUACAACCAGAUGAAAUCACGUUUCUUAAUGUUUUAUCUGGCUGUUCACAUAAUGGAAUACCUUUGGAAAUCAUAAUGCAGUACUUUAAAUUGAUGAUCCAGGAUUGUGGGAUUGAACCGACUGUCGAGCACUGUUGCUGUAUGGUUCGACUAAUGGGACAAAGAGGAGAGCUAUUGAGGGCAAAAAGGAUGAUAUAUGAACUGGGGUUUGGGGCAUGUGGGUUGGUAUGGAGGGCAUUUCUUGGUGCAUGUGAGGCAUGUAAGGAUUUAAGAACGGCCAAAACUGUAGCUGGGAAGGUGAUAGAAUUGGGGUGUGAUAAUGAAUAUUUGUAUAUUGUGCUGUCUAACAUAUCUGCAUAUUAUGGAAAAUGGGAAGAUGUUAGGGCAGUUAGGAAGUUGAUGAUGGAGAGAGCAAUGAGAAAAGGAGUUGGUUAUAGUUGGAUUGAGGUAGAAGAUGUUAAUCCAAGUUUCUAUCUUUGGAUGAGGCUAUAAUUUCGACUUUUGAAUUAGAUUAAAGAAGUCGUGGAUAUUCUACUGUUCUUUAAGUGGCAGCAAUCAAAAGAGGAAAUGAAAAGACAUGCGGAUUUACUUUGUACACUAUUUGUCUUUGUCAAGAGUUUGGAAUCGUAUUUCCCUGAAACUUCUCUUUAUUGAUCAUACUGGAGAUCAAAUACAGCAUUUUGCUGAGAAGGAUCAUGUUAGCCACAGUUGCUUGCUUUGAAGAUGAAAUUCCCAAAUUGCAAGUUUGAGAACGAGGAUUCUGUCGAGAAGAAUGAGGAAACAAAAUAAUAUGGCAAAUCCGAACUAUUUUACAAUUUCAAAACCAUUAUCAUGGUCCUCUUGUGAAGAGUGAGGAAACAAAAUGAUUUAACAAACCCAAAAUAUUUUACAAUUUCAAAACCAUUAUCAAGGUCCUCUUGUGAAGAGGAGAACAACAUCAAGCUGACAGACUCAUAUUGAUGAGGACAUGACCAGGAGCAUCUCAAGAUAGAGUCCAGAGCUACUUCAAAUCUCUACGGGACAAAUAACUAGGGCAAGAGCAAAGAGAUUUAAAGAAGCACUAAAUGGUUUAAUCCAAGAGGUGUUCACAUCCAAAGGAAACAAGUUCAUUACUGAAGAUGAAUCAAAAUUGAUCCAUAUGAUUGGAACAGAGGAUGCUAACAUGAAAAAAAACUUAACGCAUGGAAUCCAACAAUAUGGUGAUGUGGCAGGAUUUGAUGACAUGGAUGGUGAUGUGGCAUCAUAUAGUGACAUGACACUUUUGCCAUGUGGAGGGUGAUAUGUGCCUACAUGGCAUUGGCUGAAUUUUAUAAUUAGGAAAUAUUAGUUUUUAUUUUAUGUCUUGAUUGGAUUUUGGCAUGUUGCCUAUUUUGUUUUCCUAAUUUAGUUUUUAGUUUUAUUAAGUUUUUAAAUUACUUUUAUAUUUUUAUUAGGAAACUAGGAGAUUAAUUAGGUUUCCUAAACCUAACCACAUUAGAUUUUCCAAACCUAUCAAAAUUAGGUUUCCUAAACCUAAUUUUCGUCCAUAAUUAUUCCAUAAUUAUUUUUAGCAAAUUUAGGAAAGCUUUGUAAUUUAUUUUGGUUAUUUAAAGGCACAAAAGUUAUGAAUA